AUGACUGGCAAGCAAAGAAUACCCUCUAAAAAUGUAUAUUACUAUCGCUGCCCAGACCACAGGAAGAACUAUGUCAUGUCAUUUGCUUUUUGCUUCGACCGAGAGGAUGACACUUAUCAAUUUGCUUACUGCUACCCCUACACCUAUACUCGCCUUCAGCACUAUCUUGACAACCUACAAAGGAGGAACAUGGACUACUUUUGCAGAGAAUUGCUAGGACUCAGUGUGCAGAAACGGCAGCUUGACCUCCUGACGAUAACCAGCCCUGCGAACCUGCGUCCAGGGGCUGAACAGAAAGUGGUGUUCAUCACUGCACGAGUCCACCCUGGGGAAACACCAUCUUCCUUUGUGUGCCAAGGUAUAAUUGAUUUCCUUGUGAGCCAGCAUCCUAUUGCAAAAGUACUGAGAGACCACCUGGUCUUCAAGAUUGCACCCAUGCUCAAUCCUGAUGGAGUAUACCUAGGAAAUUACAGGUGCUCCCUGAUGGGGUUUGAUUUAAACCGGCACUGGGCAAAUCCAUCUCCUUGGGCUCAUCCCACACUGCACGGAGUGAAACAGCUCAUCAUUGAGAUGUACAACAAUCCGAAGAUUAACCUGGAGUUCUAUAUUGACAUCCAUGCCCACUCUACCAUGAUGAAUGGCUUCAUGUAUGGCAACAUCUUUGAAGACGAGGAAAGAUUUCAGCGACAGGCUGUUUUUCCCAAGCUACUCUGUCAGAAUGCCGAAGACUUCUCUUAUUCCAGUACAUCAUUCAACAGAGAUGCUGUGAAGGCAGGAACAGGCCGGCGUUUUCUUGGUGGGCUGUUAAAUGAUACAUCCUACUGCUACACUCUGGAAGUCUCAUUCUACAGCUACAUAUUGGGUGGACCUAAUUCUGCUGUCCCCUACACAGAAGAAGCAUAUAUGAAGCUUGGAAGAAAUGUGGCCAGGACAUUCUUGGAUUACUACAGGCUGAACUCCUCGGUGGAGAGACCACUAGCACCCACUCCUAAAACUCGGAAGGAGAAACUGCCGCUUUUUAAAUGCACUACCCAGCGGGGCCAAGGGAACAGCCAUGCUGGCGGCAAGCCAGAGAAGAGGAGCCAGGCGCAUCUGAAGGACCAGUCUCUCUCCACGCGAUGA